AUGAAAGAUCUACCAAUCAUUGUUUCUAAUCGUACAACCAAACAUUUGGAACCUGUUCUUUUAAAUUUCUAUGAUUUACUUGCCGAAUAUACAACAAGUUUACAAAUAUAUGGUGUCGAAUAUUAUUUUGGUGAUGGUAUUUGUAAAUCUCGACCUUAUUCUCAUUUAGGUCGAUUAAUUUUAUCGAAGAAAAUGGGUAUGAUUGAAAUGACACAAAAUGAAAUUGAAACAAAAAUUCUUUUUGAUAUGUAUGAUAAAUUUACUCGUAAAGAUUAUGAUUUACUUCGACAUAAUUGUAAUCAUUGUACAAAUGUUUUCCUUGAUCGUCUACUUAGUAUUCAUUUACCAAUGCGAUUUAAUCGAACAGAGCGAUGUAUUAUUGCUACACCAUGUUGCACUCGAACAUUAAAUGAUAUAUUUGGUAAUGAUUGGACUCGACCAAUAAUUGGAAUUAGAUCAAAUACAACUAUAGAACAAAAGACAUGUUGUCAUCGAGAGUUAGAAAGAAGUAGCAUAGUCUCCAAGAUUAACCAAACUAUCGCAUAA